UGUUGCCUGAAUGCGUCUGGACGCCGCCUUCACGCGCCUGUCUGUCAUCUGGAGGACACUCCUCCCUGCAGACAGCGCGUCCUGUCGACUUUCCAGCGCAAUGGUCUCUUGGAUUAUCUCUAGACUUGUGGUACUUGUGUUUGGUACACUAUAUCCUGCGUACUCAUCUUACAAAGCUGUGAAGUCGAAAGAUGUGAAAGAAUAUGUGAAAUGGAUGAUGUACUGGAUAAUAUUUGCACUAUUCACUGCUGUGGAAGUGUUUACAGAUAUGUUUCUUUGUUGGAUCCCUUUCUACUAUGAACUGAAGAUAGCCUUUGUGGUGUGGCUGCUGUCCCCUUACACUAAAGGCUCCAGUGUGCUAUACAGGAAGUUUGUUCAUCCCACGCUUUCGUCAAAAGAAAAGGACAUUGAUGAGUAUAUCUGCCAAGCAAAGGACAAAAGCUAUGACACACUGGUGCAUUUUGGGAGAAAAGGGCUGAAUGUUGCCGCCACUGCUGCAGUCAUGGCUGCAACAAAGAGCCAAGGGGUCCUGUCAGACAGACUGAGGAGUUUCAGCAUGCAGGAUCUGUCUUCCUAUCAGUCUGACACCGUUAACACCGGCCCUGGCACCACUACACAGCCUGCAGCAGCACAGCAUCGGACCAGAACUAUGAUGCGUAGCAAGUCUGAGAGUUACAACAAGGGACAGGAUUUUGACAUGACUGAGUAUGAGAUGUUGGGGUUGGACCAAUGGGACUCCAAGGAGUUGCUGUCCCAGAGCAAUUUACCUUCUGAGUCUGAGUCCACACCCAUUACGCCCUCACUUACACCCCAGUCACCCCCACCCUCCACACCCUCCCCACCUCCAGCUCCGGAGCAGCCUGAGGAGGUGGGGAAAGGGGUGCAAGCACCAUCAAGCUCUCCACAGCUCAGGUUGAUUAAGAAGAAGGCUCCUGAGCCUCCUCUUAGAGUCAUUAGGCCUCUCACAAGAUCCAGGAGUGCCCUUUCUUCAAACAAUGAAGCCAUGUGAUACUGUCCUAAAGACUAUUCCAGCUGCCUUUGCUGCAAGAAGUAAAAAUACUAAAUGGCCAAAAGCUACAUGACUGAAGCAGCCUUGCUUUGGAAUAAGGUAUUACCAAAGUGACCUAUAAUGACCCCUCUAUAUAUAGUGUAUGGCUCAAGAUUUAAAAACAAGGUUUGUGAAAUUGAGAUAUGCUGAUAGAUAUUUAUAUAUGUGGGUUAUUGAAUAUGUAUUUCUGUACAGUUUGUGUGUACUUAGUCUUUCUGAUUUGAUUUUUUUUUUUUAUAUAUAUAUAUCAGGUUUGGGAAGGCAAUUGCAUGUGUGUCUCCCCUGUCAUUAGUCCUGCUGGUCAUUUAACAGAAUGUACUGUCACUAAUUACUGCAGCCAGCAGUGAAAGUGACAUGACAUCCCUGUUAGAGAAUGUGUUAAAAGCCAAGGAUCAAAAGAAAAGGCUGUUUUUACCCCCCUUCAAUCUAUUCUGGAGAACCAUCUGUGAGCAGCGGAAUUCUGCAAUGAUUAAGGAAUUCAGAAAUCACUUAAAAACCUAUUCUGAGAUGAGAUAACCAACCUUUGUAUUUAUGAAAAGUCAGACAGCAGUGGCAGACAAUAUUCUGUUAUUUAUCUCUCUACAAAAGCCUUAAAGACAUACACAUAUUAAAUGUCUCCACCAAUAAUAUAAGUAUUUCAACACACCUAUGCUGUCAUUAUACAAUCAUUUUUGCACUAUGUUUACAAUAUAAAAUUACUUCCCUCAAUACUAUUAAAUGGCCAACAAUAACCAUGACAAUAAACAAUAAUCAUAAAAUUAUCUGGAUAGUAUUACCAAUAACUGUGUCAUUAUUUCUUAUGUGGUACAGAAGUAACUUGUGUAACAAGUAAUCACAUCAGAGAAAAAUCACUACUACAAGAGGUUUCCACAGUGGAGCCAACUGUUUUUGACAAUCUACUGUUCAGUUUGUUAGCAUGUUUUGUCAUUUAAUUGACAAUUUAUUUGCAAUUUGAGGCCAGUUAGGAAUGUGCCACUUUCAGCUGUAGCAGCAAUAGGACAUUAAGUGAAUACAUAUUUACUGUAUAUAAACGUGGUUCUUUUUCCAUGUUUAAAAUCACUGUGUAGUGCUCUGCUAGCAACACUUCUUUGAUCUUACCUUUUUCGGACUUCAUGAGUGACUUCAUCGGUUGCAGGUUUACAAAGUUACAUUUUAGUUAAUAUUGCAUGGUGAUACAUGGUGUUUUCAUAUUAUAAUUAAUUCACUGAGCCUGAAUCAUAGCAACACUUUACACAAAGUAUCACUGUGUUGGGUGUUGAUGGAAGAUAGAUUCAUUAUUUUUUAUCAUUUUGGGUGGUUUGAAGUUUGAAACAAAAGCUUCUCAGGUACAACUGUUAUGUUUACACGUCAUUCACUCUGAUGUUGUAGAUACACUUGUUAUACACAUGAAAAAUCCUUUUAAUGAAUAUGCUGUGGGGAAAAAAUUUAACCGGAAAAUCCGAUUGUGUUUCAACAUUAGUAGUGUCAAUGUUAGAGCUGACGGUGAUUCUCUUCUUUUAAAAUUCAUGUAAAGUAAAACAGAGAGAGAGAAAAAAAUUUUGCUAAGUAGCAGAUUUGUAAACUUGUGCGUAGUCUGAUAAACUCACCAUUGCAUGAUGUUUGUUAUUAAUUUGAAUGAACAUUUUGAUUUCUUAAAUGAUCUUGUGCAGAUGCCUUGCUGGUAAACAAUUUUUUUGUCAUUUUUAUGUUGCUUUGUAGAAAGAAAUAUGAAAUGUUAUGACUAAACAAACAUGUUGGCUAUAAAUAUAUAUAUGAAUAACAUCUUACUUAAUGAUAAAUUAGCCACUUUGACUUUAUUCAUGAGGAAACUCACUUAAAAUCCUACGGAAUUUAGUUCUGGCAGGCCAGAAUGUCAAAUUACUUAAAUUUCAACUUGGUUGUGAAGUAUA